AAAAUAAUCAAAUCAUUCGUUAACCUAAAAUAAUUCAAAUCCAAAAUAAACCAACCCAAAAUAGAUUCAUUGCACCCAAUUGAUACCUCUAUUGCUAUUUUUUGUAGCAAUAAAAUUUGAAAACAAAAUAUUAAAGGGUGUAUAAAACGAAUACCAUAAAAAGGAGGGUGUGUAACCUAAAAUCCAAGUUGUGGUGUUUGUUAAAUUAUCCACUCAUUUGUUCGCUCUUACUCUAGCUUUCAUUCCUGGCAAUGGAGAAUCUAUAUAGCUGAAAAACAAAGCCAUUUUCAAGAGUACGUCUUUCUUCAAAUCGGUUGCGGCAAACUCCUCUGUGUUCACUCCCAAGGAAGCCGCAAUGGCCAUGAUGCAAUCUUCUCCUUGUAGAGUAUUGUCGCAAAGAGCUGGUUCAUCUCUUAGGAAAACCACUUCUGUUGACUUAAUUUAUUUCAGAGAAAGCUCUUCAGUUAAGGUUUUCUCUUUCUUAAAUAUUGCACGCUAUUCAUCUUAUUCUGGAGAAGAGUUUGUUGGUUCUUCAAAGAGAAGAUCUCGAGGACCUGUCAUGGCUGCAAAGAAAGCAUCUCAAGGUCAAAAUGAAGAAGAAGGAAGGUACAAGCACACUGUUGAUUUGCCAAAGACAACAUUUGGCAUGAGAGCUAAUGCUUUGGUGAGGGAACCUGAAAUUCAAAAACUGUGGGAUGACCAUCAAGUGUUCAAGAGAGUUGUUGACAAAAAUGAUGGGGGAAAUUUUGUGCUUCAUGAUGGGCCUCCAUAUGCCAAUGGUGAUCUACACAUGGGUCAUGCAUUAAAUAAGAUAUUGAAGGAUAUAAUUAAUCGUUACAAGCUUCUUCAAAACUAUAAAGUUCAUUUUGUGCCUGGUUGGGAUUGUCACGGCCUGCCAAUUGAGUUGAAAGUUCUUCAAUCGUUGGAUCAAGAUGCUAGAAAGGAUCUGACGCCACUGAAGUUAAGAGCAAAGGCUGCCAAAUUUGCCAAAGCAACUGUCAAAACUCAGAUGUCAUCGUUUCAGCGCUAUGGAGUAUGGGCAGACUGGAAUAAUCCUUAUCUAACACUAGAUCCAAAAUAUGAAGCUGCUCAGAUUGAUGUGUUUGGCGAGAUGGCACUUAAAGGACAUAUAUAUAGAGGGAGGAAACCAGUCCACUGGAGUCCAUCGUCACGUACAGCACUUGCAGAGGCUGAAUUGGACUAUCCGGAAGGUCACAUAUCAAGAAGCAUAUAUGCCCUCUUUAGAAUAGUGAGUGCAGCUUCAAGUAAAGAUGGCCUUUUGGAAGAAUUCCUUCCAGAUUUAUGCCUAGCAAUAUGGACCACAACUCCGUGGACUAUUCCAGCCAAUGCUGCUGUUGCGGUGCAUGCUAAGCUUCAGUAUGCUGUUGUUGAAGCAAAAUCAUUCUUGGAAGAUGUCCCCCUAUCUGCUGGAAAUAAAAGGAAAAGACUUGGAAAUGUCCUGAAGGAACCAAAGAAGCCUUUCUUGAUAGUAGCAUAUGAUCUUGUGCCAACAUUAGAAGCAAAAUGGGGCAUUAAGCUCAUCAUCAAGAAAACGCUAUUGGGUUCAGAUCUUGAAAAUUGCAGGUAUGUUCAUCCGAUUAAAAACAGGGAAUGCCCUGUUGUCAUUGGAGGAGAUUACAUUACAACAGAAUCGGGAACUGGAUUGGUGCAUACAGCACCUGGUCAUGGUCAGGAGGAUUACAUGACCGGUCUCAAAUAUGGACUGCCUAUAUGUUCUCCUGUAGACGAUGAUGGAAAGUUCACUGAAGAAGCUGGGCAGUUUACCGGGCUUGAUGUUCUUGGAGAUGGUAAUAUUGCUGUUGUCAAAUACUUGGAUGAAAAAAUGUCCAUUAUAAUGGAAGAAUCAUAUGAACACAAGUAUCCAUAUGAUUGGCGUACAAAGAAGCCUACAAUAUUUAGGGCAACUGAACAAUGGUUUGCAUCAGUGGAAGGCUUCCGUCAGGCUGCUAUGGAUGCAAUUGGCCAUGUAAAAUGGAUUCCAGCUCAGGCAGAAAAUAGAAUUUCUGCUAUGACUUCCAGCCGAUCUGAUUGGUGCAUAUCAAGGCAAAGAACAUGGGGUCUUCCCAUACCUGUCUUUUAUCAUGUCACUUCAAAAGAACCUCUCAUGAACAAAGAAACUAUUGAUCACAUCAAAUCCAUUAUAGCCCAAAAAGGCAGUGAUGCAUGGUGGUACAUGACAGUGGAAGACCUGCUACCUGACAAAUAUCGUGAUAAAGCAUCAGAGUAUGAAAAAGGGACUGAUACAAUGGAUGUCUGGUUUGACUCAGGCUCCUCUUGGGCUGCUGUCUUGGGAGAAAGAGACGGCCUUACUUUUCCAGCGGACUUAUAUCUUGAGGGUACAGAUCAGCAUCGUGGGUGGUUCCAAAGUUCCUUGUUGACAAGUAUUGCUACAAAAGGAAAGGCUCCAUAUUCCAGUGUUAUGACACAUGGAUUUGUAUUGGAUGAGAAAGGUUUAAAGAUGAGCAAAUCUUUGGGGAAUGUUGUGGAUCCUCGUACCAUAAUUGAGGGAGGGAAGAACCAGAAGGAAUCACCUGUCUAUGGAGCUGAUAUUUUGAGACUCUGGGUUUCUAGUGUAGAUUAUACAGGUGAUGUGAUGAUUGGUCCCCAGGUCCUCCGUCAAAUGUCUGACAUAUACAGGAAACUGAGAGGAACAUUAAGAUAUCUCUUGGGCAAUCUGCACGACUGGAAAGUUGAAAAUGCUGUCUCAUACCAUGAACUGCCCAUGAUUGAUCGGCAUGCACUAUUUCAGCUUGAAAAUGUUGUAAAGAAUAUAAGGGAUGGUUAUGAAAAUUAUCAUUUUUUCAAAAUAUUCCAGAUCAUACAACGGUUUGUCAUUGUUGACUUAUCAAAUUUCUACUUUGAUGUUGCCAAAGAUCGACUUUAUGUUGGGGGGAUGACAAGUUUUACAAGGAGAAGUUGUCAAACUGUUCUUGCCGCACAUCUCCUUUCCUUAGCCAGGGUAAUUGCUCCUAUUCUGCCACAUUUGGCAGAGGAUGUGUGGCAGAAUCUUCCCUUUCAGUACGCCGUCAAUGAUGGUUCCAUUGCUGAUUUUGUUUUUGAGUCAAAAUGGCCAGCCUUGAAUGAGGAAUGGCUUGCAUUUCCGGUUGAAGAAAUUGAUUUCUGGGGAAAGGUCCUUGAGCUGAGAAAUGAGGUAAACAAGGUGUUGGAGGUUGCUCGUUCUGGGAAGUUGAUUGGUUCUAGUCUAGAAGCAAAGGUUUAUCUACAUACAUCUGAUGCUCGUCUGGCAUCUAGAUUACUUGGAAUGUGUUCAGCAAGAAAUGAUGCAGAUGCCUUGCACCACAUAUUCUUAACAUCUCAGGUAGAGGUAGUUCUAUCUUUGGGGAAUGAACUUGUUCAAAAUAUUCCAUAUACCGGAGAGUAUAUGGUUCAGGAGGACAGGGUCUGGAUUGGAGUGUCAAGGGCUGACGGUUCCAAAUGCGAGAGAUGUUGGAAUUAUUCGCCCAAAGUUGGUUUUUUUGUGGAGCACCCCACCCUUUGUGGCCGCUGUUUUGAUGUCGUAGGUAUUCAACCAGCUCCGGCAACGGCAGCCGUCAGCUGAGACCUAAAACCAAAAUCCAGCUGAAAGAGAGUUAACCGGAUUGGCCCAUCUACCUUUUGAGCUCCUAGAGUCUAGGCUAGCCAUUGUAUGGCGGGCAUCAAUGAUUAGGAAUUUAGAUAACGGUCCCAAUCACUUAUUUGGUCGUAUCUUGUUUAUCACAUUUUUGGAUGUAACGUAGAUCAUUGCGCUCAUCGAGGUUGUCACGA